AUGUGGCUGCGCUACUUGCUCCUCCUUCUCCCCUUCGCCACCUCUGCAUCCAUCAAGCUGACCAAAUGCCGGCUCUCGGAGCACCUCUUAGAGCGGCGGCACCUCGGUCUCUCUCCGUCUCGUCCCUCAGUCCAUCACGACAUCCAAGCGGGCAAGAAGCGGAAUCUACAAGACACCAUACCUACAUCCUCUGUCGCUCCUGCUGGUCAGCAGGGCGGAGGGACCAUCUACUCUACGGUAAAGACGACGAUAUAUGUCCAGCCUAGUGCGACUGAUGUGCCUCCAUCAGACCUUGGGAGCACAUCGUUACAGGACGCACCGGCGGCUGGCGGCGGAACGAUAUAUACAACAGUGAAGGUGUAUGUGACUGUGACGCCGAGCUCGGGUUACUCCCUUGGCUUCUUCGACUGGUCUACCAAAUGGCGAUACUACGACCUCAAGUGGCGGGGUCGGUCCCAGCCUUACCAGCAGCUCAUCCUCGACAGGGCUGCCUAA